AUGGCACACCUGCGUUUAAGAGGAGAAAGGGGUUACUGGGCAGUCGCAGCCCCCCCCUCCAGCGGCCGAGAAUGUAUCCAGGGAGAAGACAGAUAUUGUCUAGGAGCGUAUGGUGGCGGAGAACAAGCCGAGCGAGGGUUCUUAGGGCUCUGGGCGUCAGGCUUAAGAAGUAUGAUAGCCCAAAACGAGUGGAGCGAUAUAAUCAACGGGCGACACCCAAUCGUGAAGAGCAUAUGGGGAAAUAGAGGGGAUCAAUUCGAAUGGAAAGGAGCUUUAACCUGCGUAAUGUUAGAGGCCUUGAAACUCCAACAAAUCCCCGCAUCACAGGAAGGCACAACCCACGUUCUCUGGCGACAAAGCGCCUGGCAUAGUCUGCUUAGGGAAGGCACAGCCAGCGACUGGUCAUCUAGUGAGACGGGUAGAAGAAUGUUAGUAGCUGUAUUAUGUUUAAUGAGAAUUCUGAUGGGCAGCAGUAUAGCAGAAGGAGAACCUGACGCAGGAUCGAAGCAGCUCUGUCAACGAGUCUGGGACAUGGUGACAUUAAGGAUGAACAAGCACAAGGGCAUAUCUUCAUCGAACAAGAUAGAAACGCUGGAUGAAUAUCUGGAUAAUUUGAGUUUGCUUCCAGGAGAAACUCUAGCCGAACGGACAAGCCUAGGAUUUCUGUUAAGUAUCUUUCAUGGGUUGAGUGAAUGCUGCCAAUAUGAAAGGAAUUAUGAUCUCACUUCUCUCAUCGUAACGAAUGGAUGGGAUUUAAGUCCAAUGGGGAGUUGCACAAUGGAGGGAGGCCAGUUUAGUUGUUCAGGAGGCACUGGAGAGACACCAAAGGCCCAACUGAACAUCUGGACAACUGGAAAACAUGUCUUAGUCAAGGAAAGCGACGCGGCACAGCCGAGAUCACUAGAACUGCUGGAUACACACACAGGGAAGGCCCUUAGUCACUCACCCACUUCCCCAGGGGAUGGUACAGGAAUGGACACCAGGAUGUUCAACUGGAUCCAAGAAAAACAAACGAGUCCCACAAAUCAAAGCAUUGUAAUCUUCAAGAAUGGGAGGCCAGUCCAGCAGCCCCCCAAACCUCAACCGACAAGUCAAAAGAAAGCCGAGCAAGAAGAAACUUUAAAGGGUGGAACAGCAGAGUAUGGAGGAAGAAGUGGGAGUAGUGUGAAAGAAAUUCAAAGAACCGACGACGCCGAAGCCAGACGAGGAGAGGUAGGCACAUUAGCAACAGGGAUUGAAAGUCCCCCCCCAGUCCGAAGGGAGAGAGUUGAAGAUCACCGAGGCCAAGGCAUAACGGAGCCGAAAAUGAAGAAACAAGCACCUCCGGACGACGUCUCCCUCCACCCCAACAGUACCCCAAACCAUUCCACUCUCCCCAGGGCAGAAGAAGGACAAGUUUCUGAAAACCUGGGAAUUGGUGGUAUUAUAGGAGGGGUUGUUAGCAUGAUUAUGGGGAUGGCAACUGUUUAUGGUAUGUACAGAGUGUAUUUUAGGAAGGAGAAAGGAUCGAAGAGAAGUAAAACGAAGCACACCUCCUUCUCGGGAAAGCUGAAGUAUAUGAAAGGAUCAGUCAAUCCAGGAGAUUAA